AGAUAGCGCAAGACAGCGCUUACAGUAGGGUUUAUUACACGUAGUACAGUGCUCUACUUAGCUCCUCCUGUAUUCAUGACGCAACUUAUUAAAAUUGCUAUGGCGGAGGAUUAAUUUUCUUAUUGAAUUUAUUUACUAUUCUGCCCCGUCAUUGCAUUAAGAUAAGCUUUAAUUCGGUCUUUAGUAGAAAUCAUGGAUAGCAAUAAAGAUGAGGCAGAACGGUGUAUGGAACUCGCUGAAAGAUACUUGCGAGAAAAGAAAUAUGAAGAGGCGGAAAAAUUUGUACGUAAAGCACAGAAACUUUAUCCGACAAAAAAAGCAGAAGAUGUAUUAGCGAAAGUAACAAUGCUUUCGAAACAAAAUCAAAAGUCUGAUGGUGAACCUACUGUCAGAAAACGUCAAACAACCACUAAAGAAACCACAUAUACUCAAGUUUCAACUGAUUAUUCAAAGGAACAACUUGAAUAUGUUAAAAGGAUUAAAAAGUGCAAAGAUUAUUAUGAAAUUUUAGGGGUAAGCAAGGAAGCAACAGAUAGUGAUAUCAAGAAAGCAUAUAAAAAAUUAGCACUUCAGUUACAUCCAGACAAAAACAAAGCCCCAGGUGCUGCUGAAGCGUUUAAAGCUAUUGGAAAUGCUGUUGCUAUUCUUACUGACGUGGAAAAAAGAAAACAAUAUGAUUUGUAUGGUCCAGAAGAAGAAAGGAUACAGAAUGUUCAAGCUAGACAAAAUCAUGCACACUACAAUUAUACAAGAGGAUUUGAAACUGAUAUUACGGCAGAAGAGUUGUUUAAUAUGUUCUUUGGAGGUGGAUUUCCACAACAGGAAUUCUAUACAAGACGUUCUGGAAGAUGGGCAAGGCAGGCAGAUGCACAAGCUCAGCAUGCUCAUUCUCAGCAAGCAAAUGGAUAUACCACAUUCCUUCAGAUGUUGCCUGUUUUAUUAUUAAUAUUAUUAACUAUGAUGAGCAGUUUCUUUAUAUCAGAUCCUGUAUAUAGUUUGCACUCUAACGCAAAAUAUUCUGUCCUGAGAACAACUCAAGGAUUAAAGGUGCCAUACUAUGUCAAAGAAAACUUUCAUACUGAAUAUCAAGGCAGUUUACGUAGGCUAGAAAUUUCUGUUGAAGAAGAGUUCCUGAAUAAUUUGAGACAUGCCUGCUUCAGAGAGAAGAGUUAUAGGGAUACAAUGAUGUGGAAAGCAAGAAAUUUUGGAGACCAAGAUUUAUUUUUCAAAGCUAAAAAUAUUGACACACCUUCAUGUAAAAAGGUACAAGAAUUACAAGGAGCAUAGCGACACUAUAUAAUUGAAUAGAAUGUUAUUGUAGAUAGGUGUAUAUUGUAUUUACACGUGUGUAGUUAUUAUUUAAUGAAGUGAAGAAUAUUGAGCAUAAUACACAUGCGAAUAUAUAUUAUAUAUUUUCGCAUCCAGAUUUAUAAAUAAUAUUCUUCACAGUCCAUUAUGAAUUUUUCACAUAGGGAAUAUAAGCUUUUUAUUCUAUUCUCAAAUCGUAAAUUCGUUGUUAACAGAUUCAUUGCAGUUGCAUAUAUGAUAAAUUUGAGCAUGAAAUAUAAAUUUAUAAUAUUUAAUCCAGUUAAACCUAUAAUUUAAAGUUGAUCAGACUGAUAACGCGAUUAUAAAAGUUAAUUGAUUUAUGCAUAUUAUUAGACGAAAUUAUCUAGAUUUCUAUAAGUGAACAGUUCAGUGGCAUAGUCAGUUGUAAAAAUAUUGAUUUUAAAGUAUUUGCCUAUACUUUAAUGCCAAUAAAAUUUUAAUGUUUAAAUCUUAUCGUAUCGGGGAGGCCAUUGAAUAUAAUAGUUCAAUAAUCAAUUGAAGCUCGACGUGGAUAUAAUAAUUCUCAUGAUUUUGAUAGAAGUAUUGUUGCAACAUUAAAGCUGAUUAUACAUGAGAAGCUCUAGAUAACAAAGAUUUAGAAAACUCAUUAAACGUUAAUCAUAAUUAUAUUUAUAAAGAUAUAUAAAAAUAAAUUAUACAAUGUAUGCUAAAGUCAUUAACAUUAGAAGGAAUCAAGUGAAAUUGUUGUACGCAUUUCUGUUAAAUAAAAAGGAAACAAACAAUUGUUUUGAUGUUGAAGAAGCAAUUCCAGUUUGUAAGGCCUAUGUUGAUUGCGUUAAUAGUUAUAUUCAAACCAGUUUUGUUGUUCGUCCGAAUGAACAAUUAGAUUCACAGUAUUAAUAUCAAAAAUAUUAUCACAAUAUAUAAAUUAUUACCCUUCAAUGCAGUAUGACACUAGUUACAUUCCUUCUGUUAUCACAUACAAAAUAUGCACGGUAUAUUGUAAGCAACAAAAGAAGCAAGUAGUUUAUGAAGCAUACAUACACGUACAUAAAUAUAUAUCAUUCUACUUAUGAAAUUAUUUAAUUAGAGGAACACAUCAGAAUCAUUAUGUAGAUUUAUUUUCACUGAUAAAAUUAUAACAAGUGACCUUUAUUAAGUUGCUGACGAGAAACCGUACACAUUAUCGUGUUACAGAUUUUUAUAUGAAUAUAAAAUUGAACAAAAUUUUUAAGAUAAAAUAACUAUGUGUAUCUGUUGUUAAUUAUAAAUGACAAUGUUACAUAUGGGUAAUAUAGGAUAGAUAAUCAAUGUACUCGUUUUGUGGAAAGCCUGUUUGUGUGAUGUUUAAGAUUAUCAAUACUAAUUGUUUUAUUCUUUUUUUAACAAUUUUGUGAUGUUAAUGUUCGAAAUUGAAAAUAUUUAUAUGAUCCGAUUUACUGAAUCGCACAUAUCAAAU